AUGAAACAUCUGUCCCUCAAGAGGCAACAACUUCUGGAAAGGAGAAAGAUCCUGUGCAUAUUUCAGGAGUUGAGGAGUCGUGCUGAAUUUGGACAAACUGAAGAAGCAGCCUCAAAUCAGCAUGAGAUUGAUGGCAUUGAUAACACACUGAAACAAAUAAUUGAUACGAUAGCUGACCUCCAAAAAAGCUAUGACAACAUUCUCAAAGCUAAAGAACAGAAGAGCAAUACCAAGAAAGGGGUUAGUUUUGCCCAAAGUGAGAAGGAUGAGAAAGUUGAGCUUGAGUUUAACGCUCCUGGGUCCAAUAUUUUCUAUGUUGUGGCUCCUCCUUCUGUCCCAGCCCCUGAAGUGAUUCUUGAUGUGGAAAACCUUCCACCAUGUCCGUGCAAAACACAGUGCCCAGAGUGUCGGCAGUUCAUCACCACGGAGAUUGUCCACUCGAUCAGUAGUGUCACCUGGUUGGUGUGUUUCAUGACAGCUUUGAUUGGCUGCGUGGCCGGUUGUUGCCUCAUUCCCUUCUGCCUCAAAAGGUUCAAAUCAAUCACGCACAAAUGUCCUAACUGUCGGUCGUCAAUCACAACCAUUAAAAAGCUCUGAGAGAGAAGCAGGUGGUGAAAGGCAGAGGCUCAGACUGAGAGAGGAAUAAGGCACUGACCUAAUGGUGAAGUGGUGUAUUCACCAGCGUUGUCAUAAUCUCCAUUGUGUGGGAUGCACUGAAUAGCUGGCGGUUGCGGGCUAAUGUUUGACAAACAUUGAGGUACUAUAACUGGUUUUAAUGGAGCACAUGUCAGAAUGGACAGGUGAGAUGGAUUUACAGUACAUCAGCUGCCUGCAUGUAAAUUUGUAUUGUAU